AUGAAUACCAAGUCAUCGUACUUUGCCAUUGAUGUGCAGGAGUCCCGACUUGAAUAUCACAAUCUCGACCAGCUAGAUGUAGCCUUCCCCGCUGGCAGCAGUAAUGUCAUCCACAUAGAAAGCCAGGCAUACAGCGAAGGCUACCAACCCCAUAAUGAAGUAAAUAAAUCCCAGGGUCCACGAAAAAUACAUAUUGGCGCAUAUCUUAAAAUACACACCAAAUACAGCCUGAAUAUGUUUUUCGAGGCUUCAAGUAUCCGCAUCGUCCAAUCUUCCCAAGUCGAACUAAACUGUACCUUCGCCCAACCCCUCGAUAAACCGCCAGUUGGUGGUGGACCGCGGAGCUUGUACUACAUUAACAACACCUCCCAGCUUAGAUUAAAGGCGGAUGACAAGACGCUGACCGACACUUACAGCAUCACGGUCGAUCGGAAGAACAGAUUGCAAUUAGUUAAAGCAGACGAAAGCCUCGACGACCGGUCAGACAGCGAGCCUCAGCAACUUACCCCUACCACUCCUCACAACAGUUCCAGGUAG